AUGCGGUCUCUCACCUCGGCCAACACGCCGCCUGGCUGCAACAAUCUUUCGACGCCCUCUGAAGACCUCCAGCAGGGCCACCAGAGGAAGCCCGACUCGUCCCGGUUCAACAAGAACAUCAGGCCAUCGUCGCUUUCGCCCGCCACUCAUCGCAACCCCGCUACAACACCAACUCCUUCGCCUUUAGCAGGGAGAGCGGCAUCGUCAUUAUCGACCCGUACGAGUAAUAAUAAAGCAGGCUCGCCGUUACGUCCAGAUUCGCCCGCCGCGAAUCGCAAACCCACGGUCGCCCAACUGCGAGCCCGAACCACAAAUAAUAAUCCCGCUAGCACGCCCACCAAGGCGAGGACCACGAGGACUCAGAACACCAGCGCCAACACCAACACCGGCACCGGCACCGGCACCGUUCAGAAAAAGACAGUCGCUGUAACCGCUACCGCUACAGCUACAGCUGCCGCUGCCGCUGCCGCUGCCACUGGCCCACCAACCUCAUCCGCUCCUGCAACGGGGCCCCGACGCAUCACAGCUACCACCACCACAAUUGGCUCCGGUGCAACCAAAACAUCCUCCUCCUCCUCCACUGCUGCUGCAACCACCACUUCCAACACCACUUCCAACACCGCCAACCCAGAAACAACAUCCUCCAACCCACCGCCAUCUCCCACUACGGCUGCGAAUACCACCACGACAACUACCCGCUCUUCAUCCUCGCGGCGACUGCAGCCCGCCCUGUCCCCCGACUUGCGCACCCCUCUCCGCAAUCGAGACCAAAAUGUCCUGAACCCCUCUCGCCCUGCACCCGCCGCGCGAGCGAAGCCAUCGCCAACACCGUCACCCACCUCAUCCACACCCGCUUCCUCUUCCGCCUCCGCCUCCGCAUCCUCCACGCCCACGAUGCCCCCCUACGAUAAAGGGGGCAGCACAACCUCCCGCCAGCCGGGAAUGCCCUCCCUCACCGCAAAGGGAAUCAGUCGAGCUCCUCUGACUCCGAAAGUCGCUGCGAAACCGUCCCCCGCCGUCACCCCCUCGGGCCGCCGCCCAAAUAACAACACCCACAACCCGACACUACACGCAAAUGCUGGAGGAGCAAGGGACGAUGUCACGAGUGCGGCACCUAUGCUCGGCAGCAAAAAUAACAUCACGCCACGCUCAGGAAGUCGCCAGAGCCGUGUCGACAGCAACAACAGCACCCCCAACGGCACACCGAACCCUGACCGAAAUUCCGAUUGGGAUCACCAGCCCACUUUCCAGACCGAGCCCGUCAGGCGCCAAGUCGUCACUUUCAGCCCAGCGCCCUCCACCAUCAACGGCCGCCACGAUGCUGCCGACUCAAAGUUCUUCUAUGCCUCCGACGCAAAGAGCUCGGCGCCUGCGCCUGCGCCGCAGCCAAAACCCAAAACAAAACCACCGGCCCUCGCCGCCCCGCAGCGAGGUUCGACCUUCAUGUACGCCAAUGGCAGUGCCGUAGAAAGGAAUCGUCCCACGUCGCCCGGCUUGGGCUUCACUCCGAUGCUGGCGCCGUCCCUUACUCCGUCGACGACACCAUCGCAAUCCCCGCAGCUUGGGUCGACUGCAGAGCCGCCGCAGAGCAAGUUCUUCUAUGCGAAUGGAGCUCCGAACCUGGCGCCUGGCUUCCGGCCAUCCUCCGCGGCUUCGGGCGUCGGGUCAAUCGCUGGGGAAACGAGAAAGCCAGCUAGACUCUCGGCCGGAUCUGCGAGUGCUCUCUCCAUGGCACAACGACCCAUGUCUCCCAAUAGGCCCGCGCAACCUCCGACGUCUGCCCCGUUGGUCAAGAGCAACAGCCAACCUAACCCCCGAGCCCAGAUGACCAGCCCGCCACCACUGGCCCCAUCAAUACACAAGCGCAAGGUCAGCGUCGAUGCCGUCUCCCAGGUAGCCAGCCAUGUGGGCAGCAGGCCACCCAGUCAAAUGGGCUCGGAUGCUGCAUCCACAGACGCUAUGAUCAUGUCAAGAUUUAUGGCCUCUCAAUCGCCGACGCCCUCCGAGAUGCCAUCCCCGACGAUGUCCAGUUUCUUCCCCAAUCAGCCGAUCACGAUAGCUUCGAUAUUGCAGGCCGCGGACGAGUUGAGUGAGUCCGAGUCGGAGGAGGAGGACGAGUCCAAGGAUCUGGAGGAACUUCACAGCCCGACCAAGUCGACUCACGGCGACCCCUUGAACGACAUGGUUGUGAACGCCAGACGGGAGCGUAAGGUGCAGGAUCUGGAGAUUACGAACGCCUCCCUGGAGGCCAUCAACAGAUCUCUCGAGAGGCAACUCAAGAAACAGUCGGCGGAACUGAGGCGGUACAAGAGGCUAUCGAGGUCUGGUCGCCUGUCAGUUCCCGAGGCACCGCCCAGUCGGGUACCGUCCGAGUCAGCUACUGGUGGCCUAGGAAUUGAGAACCUGGAUCUUUCUGAUCUCAGCGAGGAAGACGAGGCAGAAGGUGGCUUAGAAAAUCUGGACGAUUCCAUGUUUGAGUCUUCCGAGCUUUCGGAGACGGAUUCCGCGGAAAGCCCUGAUGCUGACCCUGACCGCGACGCCCGCCGGAGGGAGCGAGACGAAAAGCGACUUCAGCUGGAUCUCACCAAGCACAGGGAGUUGCUGGUCGACAGUCAGAAAAUCAACCAGAGCAUCAAGAGAUGCCUGAACUGGAGCGAGGAACUCAUCAAGGAGGGUAAGAAGGCCCUUGAAUACAGUAUCCGACCCAUGGACGUCGAGUUGCCUCCUCGGGUGCUCCAGCCGCUUUACCUACGAGAAGACAACGAGGAGGAAGGGCGCAAGGACGACGCAUCAUCAGCACCGAGCAGCCCCUUGGACUCCCCGAAGAGUCUCACGCCGCCGUUAUGGAGCAAAGAGCCGCAAGACCGCGAUAGUGGAAUCGAGUUACGCGGGGACAGCGCCGACGGCGGAUAA